GUGUUAGAAAAUACGCCGUCACCGUUGUGCUAUGCAUCUUGUCUAAGAAGCCACUAAAAAAAACUAAAGAAUAAGAUAAAAGUUUUGGUCUUUUGCUUCUGUUUGAAGCCAAUCUUUGUUUUACUUCAUUAAGUUAUAUAUAAUCUUUUUGAUGCUGAUAGUUUUUCGCCAUUAAAAGCUUUCACGUUUGUAUCCCCAACGAGAAACCGGUCCUCUUCUCUCACGUAAAACCUACAUUUGCCAACCCGAAAGCCUUCCCUUUUGGCUUUUUCUUCUUAUAUAAACCACAUUUCAAUUCCCUCACCUCUUUGCUUCACUCAGAUAAACUCGGGUCUUCUUAAACGAAGGAAGAGGAUGCAUGUGGUUUCUUAUGCUCUGUUUUUAGUUGCUCUGUUUCAAUGUAGAUUCUUGGCUUUUGCAAUUUUAGACCCAAUUGAUUUUUUGGCUUUACAAUCUAUUAGAAAGUCUCUCCAUGAUUUGCCUGGCUCUAAUUUUUUGGCUUCCUGGGAUUUUACUUCCGAUCCUUGUAACUUCGCCGGCGUUUACUGUGCGUCCGAUAAAGUAGUAGCUCUUAAUCUUGGUGAUCCUCGUGCUGGUUCGCCGGGUUUAACUGGAAGGAUAGACUCGGCUAUUGGUAAACUAUCUGCUCUCGCUGAGUUGUCUAUUGUUCCGGGUCGGAUCUAUGGGUCGUUGCCGGAGUCAAUCUCGCAAUUGAAGGGCCUUCGUUUUCUUGCGAUCAGCCGGAAUUUUAUCUCCGGGAAUAUUCCAGUGACUCUCGGUCGACUGAGGAGGCUUAAAACGCUUGAUCUCAGUUAUAAUCAACUCACCGGUGGAAUCCCGCGUUCCAUCGGAACCAUGCCGGAGCUCACCAAUGUUAUUCUUUGUCAUAACCAUCUCUCCGGUUCGGUUCCUCCAUUUCUCUCUCAUGUCCUAACCCGGUUGGACCUCAAACACAAUGCCCUCUCCGGUUCGCUCGCUCCCUACUCCCUCCCUCCUUCUUUGCAGUCCCUCUCCCUCUCCUGGAACCGGCUUACCGGACCGGUCGAUAAGCUUCUAUCACGGCUCAACCACUUGAACUACCUAGACUUAAGUUUGAACCAAUUCACCGGUCCCAUCCCGGGCCGUUUGUUCUCAUUCCCAAUCACCAACCUUCAGCUGGAAAGAAACUCGUUUUCCGGCCCAGUGCAACCGACUGAACAAGUGACGAUACCGACCGUCGAUCUGAGCCACAACAGAUUGUCGGGUCACAUAUCACCAAUGUUGUCGACCGUACAGAAUCUCUACUUGAACAACAACUACUUCACCGGUCAAGUCCCAGCCAGCUUCGUGGACCGGUUAUUAUCCGCCCGCAUAAGAAUACUCUAUUUGCAGCAUAACUAUUUGACCGGAAUCGAGAUCAGUCCGACGGCGGAGAUUCCUCUGAGGAGCUCGCUAUGUUUACAGUAUAAUUGCAUGGUGCCGCCGGUCCAGACAGCGUGCCCGUUGAAAGCCGGUAAAAUGAAGACUAGGCCUACUUCCCAGUGUAAAGGAUAGAAUUGGUCAUUUGAGCAAUCCUGUGGAGGGUACUUUUGGAAAAAAAAGAAGAAGAAGAAACAAUUAGGAUAGAAUUUUAUUGAUAUUGUGGGUAAAAGGUGACAAUAAGUGAGGUUGAUACAUGAGAAUUUAGACACUAUAAUUUUGUGAUAUGCAAUAUUUUGUAGUUUAUUAUGUACUUAAUCACCCUUAUUUAUAUUAAACUAAACUACAUUAAUACUA